AUGGCUUCAUCCGAUUCUGAGCACCGCGGUCGUCAAAGACGCCGCAACACCUCCCCUUAUGGUGUUCCUCCUCGCCGAUUCCCUUCUCGUGCCGCCGACGACCAGUUCCUCCGUGAAAACGACGUCGAAGGGCCUGCAGAAGUCGGACCAGUCGGACCAUUGACCCAACUGCUACGAGAAGUCGCCCUUCGUGCACGCUCCCGCUCCCGCUCGCAAAGCACUGUGAGAGAACGCUCACGCUCAGCCAGCACUGUGAGAGCAAGAAGCAGGCCCAGGGUUGUCGAAAGCAGAUACCAGUACAACGAGAGAACGUUUGCACAAAACAACAACAUCGCAGCCGCCGAAAUGGCAAACAACAAUGCCUUCCCUCCACUUGACACCUCAAUGAACAAUGCCCCACGCAACGCAGCCUCUCCUACCACUCCACACCCUGGCAGCUCAGUCAACGGCAACGGUGCAGGCCCUGCUAACUACAUGGCGACUCUACCAGUUGGACAUCAGCAAGAUCUGAACUUCCUCUAUGCGCAGAUUCAAGAGUUGGGAGGCAUACUCAGAAGCAAUCGCGAAAAGGUCAAUGUCAUUACCCAAACCGCGGAAGAAGUUGCACGACGUGCGAAUGGCGCCCUGGGCGACGGUGAAGGAAUCCCGGAGACCGAACGAGCACGCAUGCGAGAGAUUGAGCGCGAAUUAGCCAAAGCGAAACAGCUGGUUGAAGCGUACAAACACGAACAGACGGAAAACACCAACCUCAUCGCCAUGUAUGAGGACGCUUUGGGAACAGCCACCGAGCAGAUUCGCAACUACUGUGGAGGCAUUGAGGAACGCUUUUUGGCGCAGCGCAGACACUACAACAAUCUCUUGCAGCAGGAGAAGGAUGAUCACUUGCAGAGCCGCUUGGAGAAGGACCAUUGGUUUGCCCAGACUCUCAAGGUGUGCGAGAUGAUUCGGACUGCGUACCGCCUGCGUACUGAGGAGUGGGGUGAAGAAUACACCAUCAUCUCUGGUUUGCAAGCUGAAGUCCGAUGCUACCGACGCUUGUUGGGAAUGGAGGUGGAGAGACCUGAGGACGAGACUGGUUGGCCUUAUCUCAAGGACUUGCCAUUGAAUGAUCAGGCUUGA